AGGCUUAGUCCCAAAUCGUUGACUUAUAUGUACUUUAUAGUGCACUAAGGGACUCAGUGAAAGUUGGACUGCGUAGAGUUUAGUGCACAGGGUGUAUGUAGUGUGGAUGGCGGCUUAUUGGGAUCGAGCCCGCCGUGCUUCAGUAGCUUAGCCGGUUAGCUUAGAUGUAGAUUUAGCUGUUGGAGACUCCGGCGCUGGAUAAACUUCAGUUUUCAUUACAUUUUAAAGCGGAUAUUGUUUUAAAAGGCACGUAAACGGAUAAAGUGAUGGCGGAGCAGGACGAGGACGUGGUGAAGUGUAAGAGGAGCAGGACGCUGAUUGUGAGGCAUCUGCCUGCAGAUCUGAGCCGGGAGGAGAAGGAGGAUCUGCUGAAGUAUUUUGGAGCUUCUGGUGUUCGAGUCCUCUCAGUUAAAGGCCCUUUAAAACACACAGCUUUCGCCACUUUCUCCAGCGAGAUUUCAGCCUCGAAGGCACUGAAGAGGCUUCAUCAGCUGAGGAUUCUGGGUCAUACGCUCGUCGUCGAGUUUGCAAAGGAUCAAGAUAACGUCACUGUGCCGAACAGUUCAGCAGUUCCGGACAGGGGAGCUGAUCAGAAAGCUGGAAAAGAGAAAAAGGAAAAUCAGCAGCAUCCGAGCGUUCCUCUCAUCGAUAACAGCAUCGCUCCAGCACUCGGGUUGAAAUUUCAAACAAAUCCCACACUGAAAUAUUUAUACCCUCCUCCUUCAAGUGCGAUUGUGACAAACAUCACACACACUCUGCUCAGCGUGCCCAAGUUCUACGUUCAGGUUCUUCACUUGAUGAAUAAGAUGAACCUCCCGUGCCCGUUCGGACCCGUCACCAACCCCCCACCAGUGUUUGAGAUGGCUCACGGCCCACUGCCCCUGUUGGUGCCGCUGCCACCUCCGUUCCCCCCGGAGAAUCCCCCACUGCCACAGGGCACCGGAGGGUCUGACAGCGAGGAGUCGGAGUAUGAGAGUGGAGACGACGAGGACAAAGAAAGGAUGAUCAGGCUGAUGGGGCUUGUUAACCAGCCGUGUAAGAGACCCCUGAGAUCAAAGGCUGCCUCCAAGAGGAAGAAACCCAAGCUGAAGGAUCUUCUGUUCGCUCCUAAACCAGAAUCCCACAGCGCCCCGGCCCCGGCGCUGCAGCCCGCUGACGUGUUCGAGCAGCCGGCCUCUCUGGGACAGAAGAAGAUCGAGUUCCACAUUUCGGCUGAAGUCGGAGACAUGCUGGAGACACCUGUCCAGCCCACAGAGCAGAGUACAGUGGAGGAGGAAGCAGACGCAGCGGAGCAGCAGGAGGCAGGAACAGGCUUCGGGAAGAUCUUCCCCAGCACACAGGCCAGCAGACAGGAGGAGAGCAGCGGAGGGGAAGAGGACAUGCCCUCCGAAUUCAUCUCCAGGAGAGAGCUGGAGAAGGGCAGGCUCUCCAGAGACGAGAUAAAGAGGAUGUCAGUCUUUAAGAAUUAUGAACCUGGAGAACCAACCUGCAGGCUUUACGUGAAGAACAUCGCAAAACAAGUGGAAGAAAAAGACCUGAAGUACAUCUACGGCAGGUACAUCGACCCCUCCUCCGAGCAAGAAAGAAACAUGUUUGAUAUCGUUUUAAUGAAGGAGGGGAGAAUGAAAGGUCAGGCCUUCGUCGGGCUCCCCACCGAGAAAAGUGCAGAGAGAGCCUUGAGGGACACCAACGGAUACGUCCUGCACGACAAGCCCCUCGUCGUGCAAUUUGCCCGUUCAGCGAGACCAAAGCAGGACGCGGGCGAUUCGAAGACGGGAGCGAAGAAACGCUAAAUAGCCCUCAGGUGAUGAAUCGUCUGUCUUCAAGCAAACUACGUCAUUCAGUUGAUGUGAUGCAACUUUAUUUUUAUUGUAUAUUAAGGUGUAUUGUCAAUAAAUAAUAAAAGUACAUUUAAUAUCAAAGUCAA